ACAACAAAUAGAUCAGGUAACUCCGCGACGACUUCCAGGUAGGAGCGUUUUGUCGUGCAGCGCUUGAAACGCGAAGCAGAAUAAACGAACAUAUUAAAACGUUGUAUGGUGUUUUCAUUUGGCGUCAUUUAACGUCAGACCUUUGGACCAGAAGCUUCUUAUCGCUGCAGGUGUCCCGCUGGAGAAGAGCGGCGAGGUCACACACACACACGCACACUCCCAGCUGAACUACACGCUGCGCGAUCAGAGUAGCAAUGAGAAGAGAGACCACACCUCUGAGCGGAGGGCAAAAGUCUGGACGGAACGAGCAGUGCACCUGCAACGCCAUUCGCUAUCCUGAUAUGGUCGGGAUUACUGUGCGAGACUUACAUUGAACUUGAUGUCUCUUUUAGCUGAGCGCGGUUCACCUCUCAGACGGAUUGGCUGUAUUUGUGGCUGAUGUGUUCGGGAUGGUGUGCUGCCUGCCAGCGCAUCACAGAUCGUGACCUGUCGCAUCCUGGCCAAGAGAAGGACUCAGAGACUUGCUCUAUUGUCUGUUUCUAGCAACCAGGCAGAGAAGAGUAUUCUAGACAAGGCAUCAGCUGUUGUAUGGUGACCGGAGACAAGACAAGAGCCUGCUUUAUGAAUGCUUCUUUUUCAGAUACAUCGGAGACCUGCAUUCCGAGAUACAACAGCGUACUGCUUGACUAGAGAAUGAAUAGUGCGCUUGGCCUGCCACAAUGCUCAGCAUUCACACCUGUCGGGAAAGAUGCCAUUUGCUCUAAAUCUUCAAGAAAACCUCCAAACUUCAGUAACCAACAGCAACAUGAUCCAAGAAAGAAGAAGAGGUACACUGUCAGAAUGCUCCCAAACCUGAACACCUCUGUCCUGGUUUGUGGAUCACUCAUGCACUGACAGCCAGGGACAUAUUGCCUAUGAAAUACCCUCAGAGAGGCUUUGCAGGCAAACUGACUGUGGACUGUUUUUUAAAUUGAGGGCUAAAUUGUACGGCUGUCCAGCCCCAAGGCCGAUACACUGACAGAUCAGCCAUUUAGAAUGUUUUUCCAUGUCAGCCUAAAGGAAUCUGACUACUAAUAAUUAUAAAUGCUUUAAAACUAAGAAUUACAUCUUGCACACUUUCACCUGUCUGGUCAGCCUGGUUGUGUUCAUGCAGGCAGUCUUAAAAUAUACUUUGGAGUCUGGACUGCACCUGUCAGUGAGAGGAAAAGAGGAAAACUUCCCAAGAAGCCAUUGCGAAUCUAAACUGAAAGUCAUAUUUUUAGAAAUUUUUUUUAGUAUAUGCUAAGGUGAAGGACUCAUAAUAAGCUCAAAUCAAAUCCCAACCCUGAGGUGAUAUAGAAUAUUUCCUUGCUCUUCUUUCUCUCGCCACAGUCUGUUGAGGAAAUAACUGAAAGUAAACGCACCAGUGAAUGAUAAACUGCCACAUGGAGAAGCACUCACAUCUCAGACACUUUCUAACUCUUUAGGGAACUGUAACCAGGUGUCCUCUCACAGCUGGGACUUGCCUUGAGCACCAUUAGCAUCGAACAUCAUGUCAGAGCUGGAGGACUAUUCCCCUCCUCAGGGCCACCUUCAUCCUGACCCGGCUCGCAUCCAGCAGAACCUGCUUGAGGAGCAGGUGGAGCUCUGGUGGUUCAGCGAGCCACGCAAAUCCUUAUUAUGCUAUUGUGCUUCAGUGGCCUUAAUCCUAGGCUGUGGCCUGGGUGGUGUAGGCCUCCUUUCCACUACCACCAGCCUUUCCAGCGAGUGGCGACUUGGCGCCGGAACUGUUCUUUGCCUUCUCUCUCUGGCCGUCCUUCUCAAGCAGUUGCUGAGUUCUGCUGUCCAGGACAUGAACUGUGUGCGUAGCAGGCGUCGGAUCAACAUGCUAAAGAGCGGUGGUUUAUCUGACAUCCUCAUCGUAUUGAUCACGGGAAUCUCUCUGCUUAUUUGUGGAGCUGUCCUGCUGGAUGUGGCCCUUUCCUACCACAUGCCCAAACCUGGGAAGGCACUGAAUGACAUGUAUAUAUCAGGGGUAGUGAUGCUGGGAGGUGGGAGUUUUACAGUGUUAGCGGUCGGGAUUUACGCUGCAGUAGUUUACCUCAUAGAGAGGUCAGGGCCGGGACAGAGACGAUGGGAGAGGACAGUGGGGAUCUUCAGCAUUUCAGGCCAGAUGCAGGCAAGGAGAGAGACUGCUUCAAGCCUGGCUCGUCUGAUAUAGCUGUGACUACAUAAUAAAUAUACCAUUCAUUUACUGAACAGAAACUGAGAUGAAAAACCAGCACUCUCAAUUAAAUCAUACUUUACACCCAUUAAACUAAGGCACAAAUCACGUGACAUUUACAAUUACAUUUUGAUUCACAUUUUGGCUCAAGGAUCCAGGCAUUAAACAUUUCAGGGUUUAAGCACAAAAAUUAAGCUUUUACAUGUGUCACUCCAAUAAAGUACUGUUAAAAGUACUGAAAAAGCACAAAAAUAAUCUAAAGUUCGACCUUUAAUUGAUUUUAGGUAAAACGUGCUGCUUUAUCUCCAAUGCUUUUGGACAACUACAAUAUGUGCAUGUCCUUGACUGCUUUAUUUGUCUGUAAGCACACCAAGUGGUUGUCCAUCAUGGGAUGUCUUUAGCUCUUCAUGAGCUCUGAUGUGGGAGCAAAUUGACUGACUGUGUGAGCUGAAUUCACAUGUGUGUAGAUUUAUACUACAACCUGUGCAGGCAAUGCUAUUGAUCAAAUAAAGGCUCAGAAUGUCAAUCUGCA